UUCAAUGGUAAACGAGGUUUACAAGUGAAAAUAAGAUAUUCUGUUACAAACAUUUUACUAUUCAUAAGAUCAAAUAUUCAAAUGCGAAGUGAAGUUAUUCAGUUAUUCAGAUAGGAAGUUUAAACUUGAAAUUAUUAAUUGUUAAAUAUAAAAGUUACUUAACAUUUUUGCAACCGAUAUUUAUAUAUACAUGUUUUACAAAUGAAUGUGAAAAAAUGGACUUUCAAAUAAUUUCAUGAUUUUAACAUGAUGAGGACAUUUACACAUGGGUACCUGUGCAAGUAUUGCAGUGUCUGAUGUCAACGCUCUAAAACCUAGAUGGACACAUGCUGUACAGUUUAGGGACGAGUUCUUCCGGGACAAAAUAUCGGCAUUUUCCCUCGGUUUUAGACCAAUCAAUAACAACACAGUCGAGCUGAUCGGUUCAGAAAAGAACAAAAUAGAUGGCGCUCGAUGGAGCAGAAGUUUUUCCAGUGGACGACAUGUCAUUGAAUUUAUAUACCCUGUUCACUUAAGAGCUAGCGGGGCACGUGUAGGUCUCGGGACAGUAAACACCGCUUUAGGCGGAAAUGACGUCACAAAACUGGUUGGGGGACCCGGAUCUUAUGCUGUUGAUCUUCUGACGAGGAAAGUGAUACAUGACAACAAAGUAGUUACGAGAUUCCCUCAGCAAAAGGUUUUACCAGAUUGGUUUUUCAUGUACCUCGACAUAGACGAAGGGACGAUGCAAUUUGGGUCUGACACCGAAUUCUUUGGCACGGCAUAUUCCGGUGUUAUUUCAACUGAUGAGCCAUUGUACCCAAUAGUGACCGGAUCUAAGAAAGGUGCCAUUAUAGGCAUUGUAUAUAGAGGAAAAGGGAAAGAAAUCGAAGGACCUCUCCGGAAGAAGCGAUUGAAAAAAAUAUCAAACCUCGUGAACAAAAUUCCGCUGAAAUGAUGAUUUUAUGUGUGCGUGUGGUCACGUGGUUCGGAUGAUUUACUAUAAUUAUAUCUCUUAAAUUAAAGCGAAUCUCGAUUACAGUAUGUUUAGAGACGAUUCUAAAAUAAACUAUAUCGAAAUUAGAUUUUUAUAUACCUAUAUACGUGUUAAAGAAUUAAAACUUUCGAAAGGCUAGGACGCAUUUAGUGAGGUAAUGAAAUAAUGCAAGUUGAUAAAGUAGAUCGUUUGCAUUUAGUGAUAUAUAUUAAGUGGCAUGCAUUUAGUGGCAUUCAUUAACAUGAACUUACUUUUUCAUAAACCAUGCUAGUGGCUUGGGAAAGAAGAUUCAUUCGAACAUUUUUGCCCAAGCGAUAUUUAUUAAUAAUAAAGACACGGUAUAUUAAGAUGUUGAAAUUUUUGAAAUUUCUUGUCAUUGUUAUUCUUGUUUGUAAGUAAUACUUUACGUGAUGUUAACACGAAACUAAACAGGUAGCUAUUGAUAUAUUUGCGACUCUCUAAAAGGAGGCUUGAAAAUUGACAGCUCUUACAAAACAUGUAAUGGAAUAUGCGUGACGUAUGACUGACAAUUAAAUGAUAUUUUUGAAACUGCCAAAGACGUAUGUGUGGGUAAAUAUUAACUUAAAUGUGUCAAAUUUAUAUAUCUCUGCUGCCUGCAGUUUAUGAUUUAUUUUAUUAAUUUUUUUUUAAUUUU